AGCUGUCAGUAGGAAAUGCGGGCUGCUGGUGUUGGAUGUUCCCCUGUCGCCGUGUUUGGAUAAUUUCAACAAAGAAAGUCAUCCUUGUCACAGGAUGAAAACCGUUACUUAGAGAGUCGCUUAAAUCGGACGGCCGCAGUGAGUCUGCAUGUCUGACGGAGGAAACGCUGACAUUCAGCUGGCUAGGCUAACAGAAACAGGACACUGUCGGCGCUAAUGCUAAUAGUUACAUUAGAUGAAAAUAAGCUAACUUAAGCUAACGUGUAACUUAGCUAGCUCGCCGACUACAGGACUCUUGCUCUUCCAGGUUCUCACCCCGCUCUGCGGCUCCAGUGCCGGUUUCUCGCCAUUUUGUGGUUCACGGAGGAGGUUGGGGAACCGUAGCUGUGGAGGGGGGCCGUGUGUUCAGGAACCCCCUGGCUACCCAGGCGGACAGAUCAAAGUGACACGCCGGUCGUGGUAAAGAUCAGAACAGAACCAUGGCCGAACUCUCCACCUUAUCUGCAUCGCCACCUGCACUGGGAGACCCUCAUGCAGCUCUCUCUAUCCCUCCAUCCUCCGCUGCUCUUUCCACUACCAACAGCUCUCCUCUGGACUCUAAACCUAAGUCUGCCCUCUAUAAUGACAAAGGUUUGACUGGAAACACUUCUACUACACAGUCAGGGGUUUCACCCAUUUCUCCUCACCCACCCUUAAGUUUUCCAAAAGUCCCUGCUGAGACCUCCAACCCAUCAUUGGCACGUGAGGCUACUCCACAGAGAGAAGAAUCGACAGCUAAUGUCAUUCAGCAGCAGACGAUGUCCAGUGACUCAGCUGUUGUAGCAAAGCUUCCUAAUACUGAAACAGAGAUCCCAUCACUACCAUGUGAGCCGUCAACUCAGAAUGAAGCACAACCGGUAUCUCCCGCUCCUGGUCUCAAUUCUCCUCCAAACCUCUACCCGAAUGUGCAUGUUGCCCUCAAACCAAAUCCUGUCAUGGAUGGCGGUCAAUUUACAGCAGACCCUCAAACCACCACAGAUAUUACACCCACACCUACUCCUCCACCAUCCACCAACACAGCAGCAUCAGCAACAGCUGAGGAGGAGAAACCUCAGCCACUUCAAGAAGCACAGAACCCCCAAAGUCAGCCUCCCACUCUGCCCACAAAGUUUGAUGCUCCUAAUGAAGCAGGGAAAGCAGAGCUUCCCAACACCCCCACCAGAGGUGACCAUCCCAGUCCUACUGUCCCACUGAUCCAUGAGCCAGCUUGCAUGCUUCCACUGUACAACCCAAACCCCCGACCAGCCCCUGAUACCCUUAGCUACCUGGAGUCAGCCAGCCUCAUGUCGGGAACGUUGGAGUCACUGUCUGGCCUUGGAGAGGAUGGGAGCUCUGUGGGCUCAGACUCUGAGAUCAAUGGCCUGACCAUCAGGCGCACUGAUAAAUAUGGCUUCCUCGGUGGGAAUCAGUACAGUGAUGCCGGUGAAAAGGAAGUUCGAGUAGAUGUUGCCCGACAGAGGGAGAUGAAAUGGAUUGAUAUGUUCAACAACUGGGAUAAGUGGAUUAAACAUCGCUUUCAGAAGGUGAAGUUGCGCUGCAGAAAGGGCAUUCCAUCUUCUCUCAGAUCUAGAGCCUGGCAGCUGCUGUCCAAUAGCCAAGAGCUCCUAGAAAACAACAAAGGGAAAUUUGAGGAGCUGGAGAGAGAGCCAGGUGAAGCUAAGUGGUUGGACAUUAUAGAGAAGGAUCUCCACAGGCAGUUCCCCUUCCAUGAGAUGUUUGCUGCCCGUGGUGGCCAUGGGCAACAGGAUUUGUACCGGAUCCUAAAAGCCUACACCAUCUACCGGCCUGAUGAGGGUUACUGCCAGGCUCAGGCUCCUGUGGCUGCAGUGCUGCUCAUGCAUAUGCCUGCUGAGCAAGCUUUUUGGUGCCUCGUCCAGAUAUGUGAGAAGUAUCUUCCUGGCUACUACAGUGCUGGACUUGAAGCGAUCCAGCUGGAUGGGGAGAUUUUCUUCUCCCUCUUACGGCGCACAUGUCCCAUGGCGUAUCGUCACCUUAAAAAGUUCAAGAUUGACCCCAUUCUCUACAUGACGGAGUGGUUCAUGUGCAUCUUCUCACGCACUUUACCAUGGGCUUGUGUCCUGCGUGUAUGGGACAUGUUCUUCUGUGAAGGAGUGAAAAUAGUGUUUCGCGUGGGGCUGGUGCUUCUGAAACAAAUGCUUGGCUCUGUGGAUAAACUUCGAGAACUACAGGGAAUGUAUGAAACCAUGGAGCGUCUGAGAAACAUUUCACCUGACACUGUCAGAGAGGACAUUAUGGUACAGGAGAUUAUUAUUCUCCCAGUGACGGAGGCACUCAUAGAGAGGGAGUGCAACAUCCAGGUGAGGAAGUGGAGGGAGUCCAGAGGGGAGCUGACUCACCAGCCGGUCCGCCGGCUGCAUGGUACAAGAGCCAUCUAUGAGCUAAAACGACGCGCUGCCUCCAUCAGCUCUGGUGGCAGCUUCUCUUUCCUGGGAAGCCCGGUGCCUCCACCAGGACCACUCAGGGCCUCUUCCAGCCUCCUCUCACUCCCUGGCUUCCGCAAGUCUAAGUCUCCUUUCUACUCCCACAUUAAGAAGGGCUCCUUCUCAGGGCCUUCAGGUAUGGAGAGCCUGCCGCCUCAGUCGCCUCCUGCAGUAACAAUAAGCCCAAGCCGAGGCCCCAGCCACAAACCCCCCAUUCCCCCAGGGGCCGGUCAGAGGGGACCAGCACCUCAAAUUCAGAGCCCCUUAAUUGGGAAUGCAGCCGGCCCAUCACACGGGCCAGCUCAGCCCUCAGAAGGCACUUUAGCACAAGGCCAGCCCUUAGCUUCAGCCCCAGCACAGAACACACCACCACCACCCCCCAACAUGCUGUCCCCCUCUCCUAUGAUCGUGUCCGAGCAAAUCACUCCCACCAUCCCUUCACCCACAGCCAACAACUCCCCUCUGCUCCCGUGUCCAGAUUCCAAAAAAGAAGCGGUGCCACCACCUGAUGCCACAACUGGAGAAGACGAAGUGAAGAAGAAGAAGAAAAGCAAGGACGUCAAGAAGAAGGAGAAGGAGGACGAGAAGAAAAAGCUGAAGGAAAAGAAGGAAAAGGAAAAGGCUGAAAAAGAGCGGCUCAGGAGGGAGAAGGAGAGGGCUGAAAAAGAGAAGAAGAAAGGGGGGAAGAAAAAGGACAAAGGGGGAGGUGGAGAGGCCGAAGACAAGAACGGAGCUGCAGCAGCGAGAGAUUCGGCCUAGUUUUCUCUGCCAUUCCGGGAUAAUGAAAAGGGAGGCUGCAGGGAAAGAGAGGUCAGAGGGACAAAAGAUCCUCAAUAAUAGAAAGAGUGAUUUAAUAUUUAAAAAAAAAAAAAAAAAGAAAUUGGGAUAGCUUCCUGUACAAUGCAUCAUUUCAAAGACAUCAUGUAGUUCAUCAUGGAGAGAACUGGAUUAUGGUUUUAAUAGCAUCUCAGGGGGAUUGUUCCCCCUCACUCAGUGCUCUCUUUUUCACCUACUUUUAUUAAGAUGGGACAAAAAUUUCUCUUUUCAACUGGAGCAUGGACUGUGAAUCUGAGAAACGCCUCAGAAGAUCAGUUUUUUUUCCCCCCUCUUUUUAGUUUUUUAAUUCUCUCUUCCUUUUCAGCUCUUUUAUUUUAAUCAGAUUGACAGCCGUGGUUUGAGAAACGUAAACUCAAGGGGUUGUCGGACCGAGUGUUUGUAGAACUAGUCAUGGUGCCAUAGAUGAUGUAAAUAAACCCGUGGACCUACAGAACAUAGUAUGUUGUUAGCACUCCAUGCACACAUCAGUCUCAUCUGUGGACAGGUUUUCUGUAUGACUGGAAAAAAAAAUGAUAAAGGAAACCACAUGAAGUCGUCUCAAAGGCAGGCACUGAAGACCCCAAAUGCUUAAAAAAAAUGUUGUGGAUGUAUUUAUUGUCAUGUUAAAUGUUGUGAGUGUGUGUGUGCCUUAGUAGUAUAGUGAAAUGUGUUAGUGUUUAAUGUAUGGCCUCUCUGUUUUCCCACAUCUUCAAACCAUCAUUGAAUCUUUUCAGUGUUUUUUUCCCCCAAACCUUACCUGAGCGGCGACACACACACACACACACACACACACAAAAAGGGGAGAAAAUUAAGUCUGCACCCAGACACCAUGUAGCUAUUUUUUAAUCAAGAUUUCGUUCAUUUGUUUUUAUUAUUAUUAUUGUUUGUUUGUUUGUCUCUGACAAAACACAGGGAGAUUUGUUUUUAAUUCUCAACCCCAGUUCAAAUUUCAUUGUGUCUGAGGUUCUGAUGUUUUCAAAAAGCAGGUAUGAAAAAAAACAAACAAAAAAAAGGUGUGAAAACAUGCAAUAACCCAGCAGUGAUCACAACACGGGUCCUGCAGACCAAAUUGUGUCCACCUGUGAGUAUUAUUUCGUUAUCAACAAGCAGAAUCGUAUUUGCGUUCAUUUAGCCAAAUUUCACUGUGGGUAAGAAUUUGCUCAUGAGAAUGUGAUUAUUUGAGUAUUGUUAAGAAAAUGAAGGAUGAUUUUUGCACUUGUGAUUUGAUCACAAAAGCACCACUGAAGUUGUCCACUCCGUUAGCGUAGUGACGUAGAAGAGGACGAGUCUCCGCUGGCCAGUUUCACUCUCUGUGAAACCUGUGCCUGGAGGAUCUAUAGGAAGCCACUUGACUGGAGGUGCCAGGUGUGCCAAUGUAGCAUUAAUCUCUGACCUUUUUCUGCUCUGUAUUUAUGUAUAAAGGGGUUAAUUUAAUCAAAUAUAGUAUAUUAUGAAUUAUUAUUAUUAUUAUUAUUAUUAUUGUUAUUUUGGAUCCGAGUAUUUUUCUAAUAUGUGUAAAGCGACGCCUGGCUGACUGGAACGAUGGCUGACUGCGCGGUGGAGCUGCAGGGGGGAUCAUUUUAAGUGUUUUGUCUUUUCCUUUGCACGUUGAGUGCUCCGCUUUGGACGUGGCAAACUCGAUGCAUGUCUUUGCUGCGAUUUACGUUUACGGUCACUGUUGGUUUGGUCGACUUGGUCUCCAGUUUUACUCUGAAGUGCAGUAUUAAACAGAAAAAUGGGCCUCCAACAGAACAAACGAUGAGACGAGUGACAGACAGAACAUGUGGGAGUUGAAGGUCUUAAUCUAUCAUAUACUAAAGGGGAUUUUUUGAGCUUUUUGAGUACUUCUGUAGUUUGAGAUCUUAAGUACGAUGUGUCUGUCUCACCGGGUUUUGUUAUAACACGCGUAAUGACUUAACUAACUCCCUAACCUAUUUACACUCAGUGUCCUGUACUGUAACAUAUUUAUGCAUACAUGAAGAGGCACAUGCCCUCAUCAGUUCAUGAUGAGCAAGUGCAAGAUAGUUAGUGUGAAACCGUUUGAUGCUCUUUAACAGUACUGUUUUCAUAGUUCAAGGAACGAGAGGGACUUUUGUGUAAUUGUAGCCAACGUGUCCUCCAUGUUCACUGUUUUUUUUUUCACUUAUUUCAGGUCAUCACGUGGCUGUCAUUUAAUAACAUGAAUACCACACACACACCUUUUUCUCUCCUCGUAGACUCCAGUGUGCAUUUGUUAGACACACACUUGUGUCGUGUUAGUGAUGAUGACCUGAGCGCAUCUAUGCAAACCCUCCCUCAUCAUGACCGUUGACGAUGUGUGUGGUGACGGCAGCGCUGACUUCACCUCGGACUCUGACGAUUAGAUGGAAAAAUUAUGUUUCCAUUUUUAAGAGGCGUGCGAGCGACAAUAUUUUAUGAGCAAUACAUCCUCGCAGCUUGUGCCUCCAAUCUGUCAUUUGUUGUUCAGAGUGCUCGAGAUGUUGUGAUCAAAUUAAUGUCUUGUUAAAUUAAAGGUUGGAUGAAGAAAUCCACCGCUGUCGGGUGUCUCAUCCUGAAACCAAACUUGAUUGGGAAACGAGCUGACUGAUGCAAAUAUUGAACGAAACAUUUCAUCCGUUAUUCUUCCCCCACGUCAUUACGUCUGUCAUGUUUUUAAGUUUACAUGUGUCUCUCACUCUCUCUCAGACAAAAGUGAAAUAAAAUCAUAGCUAAUUGAAUUCAUUCCUUCAGAUCUACAGCUGUUGUAUUUAAUUGAUAAUGACAAUUGUGAUGAGUAAUAAACCAUAAUAUAUUAAAUCA